AUGCUCCGUAGCUUUACAAGGUGGACUUAUCAUAGAGUUACAUUCACAAACUCACCUGCAAAUACAAAUAUAGGACGUAAGGCUUCUACAAUGGUAAACAAAAUGUAUCUCGCGGACCAUAAUGCUCCCAUGAUCAUGUUGAGCGCCAAAGCCUUCUUCGAUCAAUUGACGCAGAGAGAAAAGCUUUACGCACAUUAUAUGUCGAAGGCAUCGCACGCAGGGUCGAGAGUUGUUUUGAGACAGGUCUCGCACGAGAGUGAAGCCAUCUAUGACCUGAUCAUGGAAAUCCACGGCAAAUUAGAAGGGAAAGCCCUGGACGGCGAGCAAUAUGGGCUGUACAUGGAAUAUGUGGCGCAGUUUCUGUCAAAUCUCGGUAACUAUAAGUCUUUUGGAGACCUAAAGUUUGUUCCGCGUACCUCGGUUGAGUAUUUCUUACAGUUGUUGGAAUUAGCUGGCAUCGACAAAUUGGGUAAACCAACCCCGGCAUCCUGCCCUUAUUCCACUUGGGAAGAAGUUAUUGUGAAGGGCAUUUUCCAUAUUGACGAGAAAAGUGCCUUGCUCGGAUUCCCUUCGAAGGGUCAUCACUCUUCAUAUUACUUUGGUGACGUGGGUCCAGAUGAUAUGAAAUUGCUCAAAGACGAGGUUUUUGGUAAGUUCAAGAUUCUCCCCGAGAACACCAGAAUCCAGAAAACCAAUCGAAAAUAUAUCAUACUGGUGGCGUCCCAGAAUACUGCCGAAAGUGCUCCAAAGUAUCCAGCCGAAACAGUAAAGUUGAGUAAUGGCUUUGAAGCAGUUUUCAAAUUUGGAGACCAUUCGCGUGAAAUGGCCAAAAUUGUUCAAUAUCUCCAAAAAGCCCAAAAAUACACCGCCAACGACACUCAAACCAAAAUGCUCGAGGAAUACAUUAGGCAUUUCGAAACCGGGUCUUCGCAUGCCCAUAAAGAUUCUCAAAAAUUCUGGGUUAAAGACUUGUCACCUAUUAUUGAAACAAACGUUGGUUUCAUAGAAACUUACAGAGAACCGUCCGGCAUCAUUGGAGAAUUCGAGUCUCUUGUGGCCAUUCAGAACAAGGAUCGCACUGAAAAGUUUUCAAAUAUGGUUAAAAAUGCAGGAAAGUUCAUUGCCCUUCUUCCUUGGGAUAAGGCUUUUGAGAAGCCAAAGUUUCAGCCUCCUGACUUCACCUCAUUGGAGGUCUUGACGUUUGCUGGCAGUGGUAUCCCUGCUGGAAUAAAUAUUCCUAACUACGAUGAUGUGAGAUUGAAUGUGGGAUUCAAAAAUGUCUCGCUCGGUAAUAUUUUGAGCUCAUCUCUAGGCUCCAAAAUGCCAAUAACAUUUGUCAGUGAUGAAGAUCGGGAAGUUUUGGACAAGUAUCAAAGCGAUUCCUUCGAGGUCCAGGUCGGUAUUCACGAGUUGUUGGGACACGGGUCAGGCAAAUUACUAAGCGAAUUAGAGGACGGUACUUUCAAUUUUGAAAAGGAGAAAAUGCCAUUAGGACUCGACGGCAAACCCGUCACAACCUACUAUAGCAAGGGAGAAACUUGGGGCUCCAAGUUUGGACAACUGGCAGGUGCCUUUGAAGAGUGCCGCGCAGAAGUUGUUGCUAUGUACCUGAUCACUAACCGCGACCUUUUAAAGAUUUUCGGAUACAAGACAGUCGAGGACCAAAACAACAUCAUACAUGCUGGGUUCUUGCAAAUGGCUAGAGCCGGUUUGCUUGCUCUUGAAUUUUGGGAUCCAUCCACCGGAAAAUGGGGCCAGGCUCAUAUGCAAGCUCGGUUUUCUAUUAUGAAAACAUUUUUGAGACACACACAAGACGAUGGCUUUUUUCAACUCUCCCACACUAAAGACGACUUCUCCGAUUUGCAGAUCAAGCUUGACCAAUCGAAGAUCGAAACUGUAGGCCAUGCUGCAAUGAAGGAUUAUCUGACGAGCCUGCAUGUCUACAAAUCUACGGGGGACGUUGACAGAGGAAGCAAGUACUUCCUUGAAAGAAGCAACGUAGAUUCAGAACUCGCCAAAUUUAGACAAAUUGUACUCGAGAAGAAGUUACCCAGAAGGCAGUUCAUUCAAGCUAAUACAGUCUUAGAGGAUGGCGAAGUGACAUUGAGAGAAUAUGAUAGUACGCCAAAGGGAAUGCUCAAGUCUUUUGUAGAGAGAGAGGUGUAG